UCAUCCAUCAUACCCAGAAUGCAAAGUGAGACACCGAAACCUCAGCAGCAGCAGCAGCCGCCUCAAGCUUUUCACGUUAUCAUGGCGAUAAGAGACACAUCUUCCCCUUGAGUCCCUGCAGCAACAAAGGUUUCCUCCUCCGCUACAUGUAAACACACACCGAGUCUGAUGCAGCGCGCAGACCUGCCGGAGUUUUAGCCCAGAUUGGAGAAAGGACAUAGCGAGUGACCGUCAUGGCAGCGUCGGAGCUGUACACAAAGCGUGCUCGGGUGUGGAUCCCCGAUGCAGAGGAGGUGUGGAAGUCUGCUGAGCUGAACAAGGACUACAAACAUGGCGAUGCCUCCCUGCAGCUCAUGCUGGAGGAUGGAACGAACAUUGAGCACAAACUGGACCCCAAGACGAAGAACCUGCCUUACCUGCGAAACCCCGACAUCCUGGUGGGCGAGAAUGACCUCACAGCACUCAGCUACCUCCAUGAGCCGGCUGUGCUGCAUAACCUCAAAGUCCGCUUCAUCGACUCCAAGCUCAUCUAUACUUAUUGUGGAAUCGUUCUGGUGGCCAUCAACCCGUAUGAGACACUGCCAAUCUACGGAGCAGACAUCAUCAAUGCCUACAGCGGUCAGAACAUGGGAGACAUGGACCCACAUAUCUUUGCCGUGGCAGAGGAGGCUUACAAACAGAUGGCCAGGGAUGAGAGGAACCAGUCAAUCAUUGUGAGUGGGGAGUCCGGAGCAGGAAAGACGGUGUCAGCCAAAUACGCCAUGAGAUACUUUGCUACGGUCAGCGGCUCCACCAGCGAGGCCAACGUAGAGCAGAAAGUCUUGGCUUCCAACCCCAUCAUGGAGGCCAUUGGAAAUGCAAAGACCACCCGAAAUGACAACAGCAGUCGCUUUGGGAAAUACAUCGAGAUCGGCUUCGACAACCGCUUCCGUAUUAUCGGCGCAAACAUGAGAACAUAUCUGCUGGAGAAAUCACGAGUGGUGUUUCAGGCGGACGAGGAGAGAAAUUAUCAUAUCUUCUAUCAGCUCUGUGCAUCAUCCCAUCUGCCUGAGUUCAAGACUCUGAAGCUGAGCAGUGCAAACGACUUCUUGUACACCAGGCAGGGCCGCAGCCCCGUAAUCGACGGCGUGGAUGACACUAAGGAGCUUUGCACCACUCGCAAUGCCUUCACACUGCUCGGUAUUAAUGAGUCCUAUCAGAUGGGGUUGUUCCAGGUUUUGGCUGCUAUUCUUCAUCUGGGAAACGUAGAGAUAAAGGACAGAGACUCAGACAGCAGCGUCAUUCCUCCCAACAAUCGCCACCUGACAGCGUUCUGCGAGUUGGUAGGCGUGACCUACCAGGACAUGUCUCAGUGGCUGUGCCACAGGAAGCUGAAGACAGCCACUGAGACGUAUAUCAAGCCCCUCCCCCGCAUGCAGGCCACCAACGCCCGUGACGCACUGUCCAAACAUAUCUAUGCCAAGCUCUUCAACUGGAUUGUGGAGCAUGUUAACAAAGCCCUAAUCACCAAUGUCAAACAGCACUCCUUCAUUGGGGUCCUCGACAUCUACGGGUUUGAGACAUUUGAGAUCAACAGCUUUGAGCAGUUCUGUAUCAACUACGCUAAUGAGAAACUCCAGCAACAGUUCAACAUGCAUGUGUUCAAACUGGAGCAGGAGGAGUACAUGAAGGAGCAGAUCCCCUGGACUCUGAUUGACUUCUAUGACAAUCAGCCCUGCAUCAACCUCAUAGAAGCCAAGAUGGGCGUCCUGGACCUGCUGGACGAGGAGUGCAAGAUGCCUAAAGGUUCGGAUGAUUCGUGGGCUCAGAAACUCUACAACACUCACCUAAAGACCUGCUCCCUCUUCGAGAAGCCACGCAUGUCCAACCGCGCCUUCAUCAUCCAACAUUUUGCUGACAAGGUGGAAUACCAGUGUGAAGGUUUCCUGGAGAAGAACAAGGACACAGUGAAUGAAGAACAGAUCAAUGUGCUGAAGGCCAGCAAGAAGUUUGACCUGCUGGUGGAGCUCUUCCAGGAUGAGGAGAAAGCUACCAGUCCCACUGGUCAGGUCCCUGGCACCGGAGGCCGGACCCGCCUCAGCAUCAAACCUGACAAGAGCCGAGACAAGAGCAGCAAGGAGCACAAGAAGACCGUCGGCUGCCAGUUUCGUAACUCUCUGCAUAUGCUGAUGGAGACUUUGAAUGCAACCACUCCACACUAUGUACGCUGCAUCAAACCCAAUGACUUCAAAAUGGCCUUCUCGUUUGAUCCCAAACGUGCGGUGCAGCAGCUCAGAGCAUGUGGCGUCCUGGAAACUAUCCGCAUCUCUGCUGCAGGUUUCCCAUCCAGGUGGACCUACCAGGAGUUCUUCAGCCGUUACAGAGUCCUGAUGAAGCAGAAGGACGUGUUACCUGACAAGAAGUUGACCUGCAAGAACGUCCUGGAGAAACUAGUGCAGGACCAGGAUAAAUACCAGUUUGGUAAGACCAAGAUCUUCUUCAGGGCCGGCCAGGUUGCUUACCUGGAGAAGUUGAGGGCAGACAAGUUGCGUGCUGCCUGCAUUCGUAUCCAGAAAACCAUCCGCUGCUGGCUGGCACGCAAGAAGUAUCUGCACAAGCGCAGUGCUGCCAUCACCAUCCAGAGGUUCACCAGAGGAUACCAGGCUCGCUGCUUGGCCAAGUUCAUGCGUCGCACUCAGGCGGCCAUCAUCAUCCAGAAGUACCAGAGGAUGUACGUGGAGAGGAAACGCUACAAGCAGAAGCAGGCUGCCGCUCUGGUCAUGCAGACGAUCCUCAGAGCUUACAUGGCCCGGCAGAAGUACCAGGCGUUACUGCGGGAGCACAAGGCGGUGAUCAUUCAGAAGCGCGUUCGUGGCUGGUUGGCUCGGUGCUGGUACAAGCACUGCCUUGUCUCCAUAGUCUACCUGCAGUGCUGCAUCCGCAGGAUGAGGGCCAGGCGCGAGCUGAAGAAGCUGAAGAUCGAGGCUCGCUCAGUGGAGCACUUCAAGAAGCUCAACAAAGGCAUGGAGAACAAGAUCAUGCAGCUGCAGAGGAAAAUCGACGAGCAGACCAAGGACAACCGGGCAAUCAAUGAGAGGCUAGUUGGUCUGGAGAGUUCCUACACGGCGGAGAGCGAGCGGAUGCGCGGCGAGCUGAGCCGUCUGCGUGGGGUGGAGGAGGAGGCCAAGAACAAAACCAACCAGGUGUCCUCGCUGCUGGAGGAGCUGGAGAGGCUGAGGAAGGAGCUGAGUGUCACACAGAAGGAGAAGAAGACCAUCGAGGACUGGGCGCAAACCUACAGGGACGAAAUGGAGAAAAUGGUCUCGGAGCUGAAGGAACAGAAUGGCUCGCUGAAGAAAGAGAAGGACGACUUGAACAGGUUGAUUCAGGAACAGAGUCAGCAGAUGACAGAGAAAAUGGCCCGUUCGAUUGCACAGGAGACUCAGCAGCUGGAGACGGAUCUGAACGAGGAGCGAUCUCGCUACCAGAAUCUCCUGACAGAACACCUUCGCCUCGAGGAGAAAUACGACGACCUGAAGGAGGAGAUGGCUUCCUCGAACGUCUCCAAGCCUGGCCACAGGAGAACAGAUUCCACCCACAGCAGCAACGAAUCAGAGUACACCUACAACUCAGAGUACGCCGAAUUGGAAGAAGGUUCCCGUGCCGCCGAAGAUGUGACACGAGGAAUAGACACCUCGCUGACCCUCAAGCUCCAGAAACGUCUCACAGAACUGGAGCAAGAAAAGCAGUCGCUGCGCAACGAACUGGAAAACAAAGAGGAUCAGUUCCAGCGGGCUAGAGCCAGGGAUGACGCAGAGUUUAAAAAGGCUCGUGGGGCAGAGCUGGAGUACGAGUCCCUGAAGCGUCAAGAGCUGGAGUCAGAGAACAAGAAGCUGAAACAUAACCUGGCGGAGAUAAGGCAAAGCCUGCUGGGUAACGCAGCAGCAGGUGCCGGGGCCCCGGGCUCCCCAGCUUACAAGGUGCUCCUGGAGCAGCUCAACGCCUCCUGUGAGGAGCUGGAGGUCCGCAAGGAGGAGGUGCUGAUCCUGCGCUCCCAGCUUGUCAGCCAGAAGGAAGCCAUGCACCACAAGGAUGAGAAGGAGACCAUGACCGAGCCGUCUGUCUAUGUUGGCGAUGUGUCCAAACUGAAGGACGCCGAUGAACUCAAGCAAGCAUGCAUAGGCCUCAAAGACACCAACAGAUCUGCCGCUCCAGACUUCCAUAAGCUGAAUGAGGACGGAGAGCUGUGGCUGGUUAAUCAGGGCUUAAAGGAAACCAUCAGGUUACUGGAGCACCAGCUGCAGACUCAGCGGAAAAGUUAUGAUAACGAGGUGGAGGCGUUGCGAGGCGAGCUGCAAAAUGUCAAGGAGGAGAACAAUCGUCAGCAGCAGCUCUUGGCCCAAAACCUCCAGCUGCCUCCAGAGGCCCGAAUCGAAGCCAGUCUGCAACACGAGAUCACACGGCUCACCAAUGAGAACCUGGAACUCAUGGCUGAUGACCCCACAGCGUCCCAAGAGGCUCGAGUCAUCAUUUUACGACGGAUGGUUGAUCUGAUGGAGCAGCUGGAGAAGCAGGACCGAACCAUACGCAAGCUCAAGAAGCAGCUGAAGGUUUACUCCAAGAGGAUUGGCGAGAUGGGAGCGGGUCAAACUGAGGGCCAGACUUCUCCAGGACAGACGGUGGACGAGCCGAUUCACCCUGUCAACAUUCCCCGCAGGGAGAAAGAUUUCCAAGGGAUGCUGGAGUACAAGAAGGAGGAUGAGCUCAAACUGGUCAAGAACCUCAUCCUGGAGCUGAAGCCUCGCGGUGUAGCCGUGAAUCUGAUCCCAGGUCUACCAGCCUACAUCCUGUUCAUGUGUCUGAGACACGCAGACUAUGUCAACGAUGACCAGAAGGUCCGCACUCUGCUCACCUCAACCAUCAACAGUAUUAAGAAGAUCCUGAAGAAACGAGGAGAUGACUUUGAGACGGUCUCCUUCUGGCUGGCGAACACCUGCCGCUUCUUACACUGUCUUAAACAAUACAGCGGAGACGAGGCCUUCAUGAAGUACAAUACACAGAGGCAGAACGAACACACUCUGUCCAACUUCGACCUGGCAGAGUACAGACAGGUGAUCAGUGACCUGGCCAUCCAGAUCUACCAGCAGCUGAUCAAAUGCAUGGAGAACAUCCUCCAGCCCAUGAUAGUCUCUGGCAUGCUGGAACACGAGACCAUCCAGGGCGUGUCGGGGGUGAAGCCCACAGGUCUCCGUAAGCGGACAUCUAGCAUCGCUGACGAGGGCACCUACACCCUGGACUCCAUCCUGCGGCAGCUCAGCGCCUUCCACUCCACCAUGUGCCAGCACGGCACCGACCCCGAGCUCAUCAAGCAGGUGGUGAAGCAGCAGUUCUACAUCAUCGGAGCCGUCACCCUCAACAACCUGCUGCUACGCAAAGACAUGUGCUCCUGGAGCAAAGGCAUGCAGAUCAGGUACAAUGUGAGCCAGCUGGAGGAGUGGCUCAGAGACAAAGGUCUGAUGACAUGCGGAGCCAAGGAGACUCUGGAGCCUCUGAUCCAGGCUGCUCAGCUGCUGCAGGUGAAGAAAAAGACUGACGAGGAUGCCGAGGCCAUCUGCUCCAUGUGCCUGGCCCUCACCACUGCUCAGAUCGUGAAGGUCCUGAACCUUUACACUCCAGUCAACGAGUUUGAGGAGAGAGUGUCUGUUUCAUUCAUACGAACCAUACAGACUCGCUUGCGAGACCGUUGUGAGAGCCCCCAGUUGUUGAUGGACACGAAGAUGAUUUAUCCGGUCACUUUCCCAUUCAGCCCUUCCUCCCUUGCCCUGGAAACCAUCCAGAUCCCCAGCUCGCUCAACCUGGGGUUCCUCACCCGUGUCUAAACCCGAGGCCCCACAGGACGGCUCUGAACCCUUCAGCGAUUUUGAUGUAGUGGCCACAGUUGGAAUUGCAAGUCACAUGACACUUGCAGGCCCAAAAAGACUUUUUCCCACACGCAAUCAUCACAAGAGAAAUAAAAAGAAAUUCUGAGCGUCACAAACUUUACAAAAUUAGGAUUUGUAUUAACACAAUUUGAGCAAUUUUGUCCAAAAAUGAAUUGAAAAGUCUCAAAGAAACACGUUAUCCAGUUAUUUAAGAUAUCCCUGGUCGCACUUAACAUGCAAAAUUAAACACACAAACUCCACCACAUGCUGAACUUUCAACAUACAUCUGUACAAUACUUACAUCCUCUGAACGUACACAUGCACGCCUACACUCACGUGCACCUUGUCUCUUACAAAACGCACAGAUACACACAGCACCCACAGUGGCCGCCGUUGGUUUAAAUCUGGCUGUAAAACGCCAUCAUCCAUCCACCGCUUGUAUAAAUGCCUGCCUUUAGAGAAGCCACAGGACCAGAUCAAUGCCUCCAGUAUUCGCUCUCCACCGACACAUGGGUCUGUCUUAGUGGUCUUGACCCCAGUCACCCCAGCUCUCCCUCCUCUGUGUUUCAACUAGUUGUUAAGAUAGUUCUCCCUGUCAUCGUCUCGUUCUCCAGUGAGAAUGUAGGUACCGAAACACGAGAGCAGGCCCAAAAGGAUGUGUUGAGACCUCACAGAGGAACAACUUGAUAAGCUGUAGUCUACCUUGAUAUGUUGGGUCUCUAUUUAAAAGGCAAAGUGAAUUCUGAGUCCCAGUAUGAAGCCAGAUGAGUGAUACCGCUCUAAAGUUAGCUCUGUCCAUCCCAUGUUGAGGAAACCUGGACCAGGCUUCGUUCUGGAUGUUGUCAUUUUACUCUCUGAACAUAGUCAAGCCAAGACAGAACUCAUCAUCUGUACUAUAUUAUUUAUACAUAUAUAUAAAUAUAUAUAAAUAUUAAUAAUAUAUAUCAUGUAUUUUAUUUAUUGCAUUCACCUCCGUCCCCACCCUCCCUUUUUGGAUUAGAAGCUUUCUCUUUGCAGAAAUACAUGUCCGAAAUGAAGGAUGGGACCAUCAUUUCCCAAAAUGAACAGCUUUGUAAGGACAGUUUUAGUCUUAGUUCCACUGUGUAGGCUAUUUAUGUCAAUAUCAGGUAAAUGAUGUAGUAUAGUUUAAGGAGUGCUGGGCACAUAUGAUUAUUUGUUAGGUCACGUCUUAACUUAGAGAUGUCGCUUUGUCAUGUUUAUCCUGCAUUUCUGGCAGAUGAAGUGUAGCACGGAUUCAGAGAUUUACAAGGUGCGAGGUUCAAACUCUGCCAAGGGUUUGACUUGCCACAGUCAGUUUACAGCUGUGACCAGAGGUGAGUGUCACAACAAACACUGGCACAAAGAUAUUCACACAGAUGUACACACAACAUUACACUCUGCUUACUGCUGUAUCACUGGGAGUAUUGCACUCCUAACGCUUCUUUCUCCUCUCUACUUGUCUUCUCUGGUCACAGCUCCAGUCAGAGCUUUGAAAAUGUUUUACUAUUAUCAGUGUGGAAUUAUUUAUUUCAGUAUUGUCAUUUUCAUAUGUAUCAAAGUUAUAUAUAUCGUAAAGCCAUGUAUCCCUGAGCAGAGUGGAGGGAGAAGGUUUCUCUGACAGCUUUACAACAAUGUUUUCUGCUUUAUUCCCACACUAACACUAACUGCAGCAUUGUGGAGCGAAUCCUCUCAUCUCCUCUCGUGUCCAACCUCUGCCUUCCUGUUCAGUGGCCAAAAAAGCACAACAUGGGCUUUUAUUACCAAAAACAACAGAAUAUAUGGAGCUCUCACUUGCAACCGCAGGGUUAAAUUUAUUUUUUUGACUUUUCUGUUUGGUGUACAGAUUGUUUUGGUUCAGAUAUCCAGACAUAUUUGUUACUUGCUUUCAAAGUCUGAGGGUGAUAGUGCACCACACCCAUUACUCAGUAUGGCUGCAGCGUGGUAUAAAAACUGUACAGCAUGCAUUGCUGCUGCUGCCCUCAUCUAACCUGCAUGGGCCUGGCUUUACCAGCAUUACCAUUAUCAGAAAUUAACCCGCAUGCUAUUGUGUUUUUUGUUUGUUUGUUUGUUUGUUUUAUUUUGGUUUGGUUUGUUUGUUUUGUACAAAAAGAAACUUCGGUGUGGUUGAGUUGUUGGAUAAGUGUUAGGAAAUCUGCUCAUGUUGUUACAAAAAGUCCUUUGUCUGCAUUAACAUUGUCCCCACUGCCUCGUGUUUAGCACCUUUGCUUGUUUACUUCCGGUUGUGCUAUUAGUAUUAACAGUCAACCAAAUUUGCCUCUUGCCCUCAUGAGAACCUUAUUUUUGCCUAAUGACCUUACCCUUUCAACCAGAUAUUUCACUUUGAUAGAAUAUUUCUUUCUCUUUUUUUAAGGUGCUUACCUAUGUUGGAGAUUGGGAAUGGUCACCAAAACUGGACUCAGAACCAUUUUUGAUUUAAUGUUUUGUUUAGUCUAAAAAUUAUUCUUCUGAAGCAGCCGACCAACCGAGGAACCAUAGAUCAAAAUGUUUUGCAGUACUGGUGAAAAUACAGUACGUGCUGAGAAAUAAAAAUAUUUUACCAAGGUGAAGUAUCUCAUUAAAUGCCACAUUGAGCGGAUCACUGUCACUCUGACAGGAACAAGCUACAGACGAAAACAAAUUGUAAGUGGAGUAAAGAGAAGUUAGUAUGUGUAGUAAGUUGUUUUGUGCUGCACUUGUAUUUUAAAAUAAUUUGAUAUCCAUAUGCUCUCAUUGGGACCACGUUAUCAAUCUGCCUUUUGUUAUAUGGUUUGGAUUAAUGGGUAGUUUAAAGUAUGGUUUGUGUAAAGAGUACAUAUCGGCAGGUUGUGGCAAGAGAGACAGUAACUGAAGGAAUUAAUUAACUAUAUGAAUGUUUAAAAUUGUUAAUGAAGUGUAUCAUGAUUUUAGCUGCACAUUGUGGACAAAGCCUUAUCUGAAUGAUUUGCUAUCUGAAUGACUUAAACACAUGAUCAACAUUGUGGCAUUUUUUUGUUCUGUCAGUGUAGUAUUUUUUUUUUCCACUGUAAAAUGAAUAUGAAUUGUUAAAUGUGAUCAUUUUUAAUUUUGAUAAGGUGUCCUUUUGUGCUACAGUUGGUGUCACAGAUGGGAUGCACUGUUUAGCCAUCAGUCAAAAUGCACUUUUUAGACAUUGCUGAGGAAGUCAGAUAAAUAAUAGCUGGAUGUGGACUGUAAGACGAAAUACUUCACAUUCAAGAGCCUUUCUUCCUUUGACUCCCACCGCUUUUUUAAUGAACUGUGGCCCAUUAAGCUUCCUCUACCCCGUUCCCUGUGUGAGUGGGCGCUUCACUUUCUUAAUCAGUGAUAUAUUUUUUUCUUGCUGUUUUAUUAAAACAAUUAAUGCAAGCCACAGGUAAGAAGACACACUCUUGUGAAUUGCACCAGCCUUCUCAGACACUUGAGAGUGCGGAGUGGGAAGGCUGGCCUGGUUUCAGAGGAGAGAAAAAAAAGCCAUGUUCAUUGGUUCGUAUUGUUGAGUAGAGCUGCGGCGUCUUGUUCCCCUGGGCUUCUCUUGGGCUCUCAAACAGGAGAAAAUGUCAGUCCUUCACUCUGCGUUUUUACAUUAAGGAGAGAGUUGGUUGUAUGAUACGACGUAGACAUUAUAAACUACCAUUGUUCUUAUCAGCACUAGCGUUGAUUGUGCCAUUUUAAAAAAAUGUUAAAAACAAAAGGAUGUAUCAUCACCCCAGCUGUUGUGGUACUGGUGUGAACAUGCUGAAGCCGGUACCAAAUGUUUCCUCUCUGACCCAUGUGUACAUUUGACAAACUGGACUGUUGGUAGUUUCUGGUAGCUGUGCUUAGUGAAUGUGUUCACCGUUAAGAAACUAAGAAACUUGGAAUAAAUUGUCAAAUCUGUAAAAGUAAAAUAAAAGAAUUCAGCACUA